AUGACACAGUUCCGGCCCUGCAUUGACCUCCACUCGGGGCAAGUCAAGCAGAUUGUGGGUGGUACCCUCAGCAAUGUCGCCGAAGACCUGAAGACCAACUAUGUCUCAAAGCUCCCCGCCAGCCAUUAUGCGGAACUGUACCAGAAGCACAACUUGCGCGGUGGACAUGUGGUAAAGCUUGGACCGGGGAAUGAGGAGGCAGCACUGGAGGCAGUUCGCGCUUGGCCCAAUGGGUUGCAAGUGGCCGGAGGAAUCACGGAUAAGAAUGCGCAAUACUGGAUUGAACAAGGUGCCGAGAAGGUGAUCAUCACUUCAUUCCUCUUCCCGUCCGGCAAAUUCUCGCUCGAGCGCCUCGAGUCGGUGCUGGCAGCUCUUGGUGGCGAUAAAUCGAAGCUGGUCUUGGAUUUGAGCUGCCGGAGAAAGGAUAAUACCUGGUUCGUGGCGAUGGACCGAUGGCAGACCAUCACAGAAAUGGAAAUCAACCAAGAAUCUAUCGCUCUCUUGGAGCCCUACUGUUCCGAGUUUUUGAUCCAUGCUGCUGACGUCGAGGGUCUGCAGCAAGGUGUUGACGAGGAGUUGGUGUCCAGACUGGCUGAGUGGUGUACCAUCCCCGUCACCUAUGCCGGUGGUGCCCGAAGCCUACAGGACUUGGAGAAAGUCCACAUUAGUAGCAAGGGCAAGGUGGACUUGACGAUUGGCAGUGCACUGGAUAUCUUUGGCGGCUCUGGAGUGACGUUUGAUGAGUGUGUCGAGUGGAAUAAGACCCAUUGA